AGUGCAAUUCCCGAUAUCACCAUGGCAAAGUUUGGGUUAUCGUUCUCUGGAGGCGGAGUCCGGUCAGCGGCAUUCUGUUCAGGAGUGUUGCGCAGACUGCUGCAGAAGGAGGUGCGAAUAGACUAUCUGAGUUGCGUGUCUGGGGGCGGUUACACAGGCUCUGCGUACGUCGACUGGAAAUACAGGCAUGAUAAGAAAGAUGACAAGAAAUGGCAUCAGAAUUUCUUUAAUCACAUGAGGGAAAAUGUCGGCUUAGUUUGCAGUUUUCAAAAUCCCUGCCAAGGUAUUUUCGACUGCGUGAUCUUUUGUGCUCUAGCAUUAUUCAUCUCUGUCAUCGCGCCUUUCAUAAUUUGGGGAUCAUUCGCACAUCCACUGGCCUAUAUUAUCGAUUACCUCUUCGGCAGAAUUUUGAGGGGUGGCAGCCGUCCGUGUCCAGAAGAGGUCAGGUUGAAUCCAAACACAACCCUGGACGAUUGCCUGCAGAAUCGUAAGAAUGCGGACAAAAUUUACGAUCGCGUUCUACUCUUCUUCGUGCCUGCUCUCCUCGCUUUCAUAUUCUACGUCUUGAAAAGACGCGUCAAAAGAGGAGAAGGUCAUUUCAAUUGGCUUUCGCUCUUCAGUUUAAUGAUGUUUGGAAUUCUGUUUUUUCCCUGGUUUUUAAACAUUUCCCUGCGACUUGUACCAGACGUUUUGAAAGGGUUGCUCCUUGUGCCAAUGAUCAUUUUUUGGUUUUUAUUUCCUGGCCUGCGUGACAAUGCAUCACUGGUAUUCGUCGUGUAUCUCUACUCGUUUGUCAUCCACUUCAGAGUGUAUCGUAUAAAUGCCUUUGGCAUCCUCUACGAUGAUCGCAUCUUUGAUCAAGCAUUUGCAGCAUCUAUACUUCUAAUGUGGGUUGCCCCUUUGGUUAUAGCGAUACAACAAAGCAUUGUUCAUAUUUAUGUCAGUCUCGACAGAUGGUUGACAAUCAAUACCCUUGGUGGUCACUAUCAUCGUAAAGCGAUGAAUGUCAUAAAUGUUGGAUCCAACCCGCCGGCUGUUUUGUCCCUAAGUGAUGGCGGCCAUCUUGAGAAUCUUGGCAUUCUCCCCUUACUGAAGCUGAGGCUUAAAAAGAUCGUGGCAGUAGAUGGAGGAAAUACUAUUCUGGAUCAAGACUACGCGGACGCCCUAUUAACUGCUCUGGAUAUGGCUAGGAAAAAGUUAGGCUGUUCAUUUUCAGCCCUGGAUGGACGAGAUAUCGCUGAGGAUAUUCGGGAUAACUUCGUUGAGAGGAGCCCUGGGUCACAGCCAAGCAGCUACAGAUUCAAAGUUUAUUAUUAUGAAAAGAAUGUUAACUGCGACGGAAAGACCAAAGUUGGCGAAGGAGAAAUUCUCUAUAUAGCUCCCAGGCAUCCAGGCAAAAGGGUGAAAACCUCGCCUUACGUUACAUGGGAGCAAGCGUUGCGUGACAUCGACGAAGAUCUCGAGGCAGGCCUUUGGGGCGCUGGACCUCAGUUAUCAUCAG